AUCUUUAUCGGUGGGGAAAAUUAUGGCAGAGUAAUUGCGUGAAUCAUAGAAAUUUUAAGUUUCGGUCCAUAAACAGACACGGGGAAUUUUUCUUACAACCAGCACUAGGAGUACAUACGGUCGGGGCGUUUUCUCUUUGUUUCGUAACAUGCAUAAAAUGCAACAAGAUACAAUCAAUACACGAACUGGCUGUUGAAUCCUACAAACAACGAGGUCAUUUGUGGGUGAUAGAGGCCCAGGCCAGUACAUAGGUUGCCUCACUGAGAAUACUGCACCAUCGUUCGCCGUCGUGGAAGACAGGGCUAGGUAACAGGGUGAUAAGAAUGUCUUCGAGAAUGACCAGUCCAAAGCCGUUCAUUGGUGUAGACAGUGACGGGAAACUUUUCGUGCACGAUGAAACAGCCGACACUCUACAACAGCACGGGAAACCUGUAGUGGUUAUAGCUAUUGUGGGCAGAGCUCGCCGAGGAAAGUCGUACUUAAUGAACCGGCUGUUGGGGAAGCAGGCGGGAUUCCCACUCGGUCCGACCAUCAACGCCGCAACGAAGGGCAUUUGGGCCUGGAUAACUGACCACCCCACCAGACCCAAUCAUAACCUGCUGUUACUGGACACUGAGGGUCUGUCCCAUGCCACAGACGGCGACGAGAACCGGGACAUUCAGAUCUUUGUUCUGUCUGUUAUCCUCAGCAGUACCCUGAUCUACAACUGCCAGGGUGUGAUAGAUGAAAGCUGUUUAGAACUUCUAGACUUAGUAUCUGAGCUCUCUGAGCACUUGGUCCUCAGGGUGGACGACGAAGGAAAUGUUAUUAACAUGGACCGAAUUUUCCCUGCGCUACAUUUCGUAGUUAGAGACUUCAUGCUGGAAUUAGCCAUCGACGGACAGCCGUGUUCACCAACAGUCUACUUGGAGCAUUGCCUCAAAGCAAAGAGAGGGUUUCGAGAAAAAGUACGGUUGCAGAAUAAUUCCCGUGACAAGCUGAAAUCCUACUUUCCAAACAGGUCUUGUUUUGUUCUCCCCCGGCCAGUGACUGAGGACGAGGCCCUGAGGCAGGUGGACGAGGUCCCGGAGGACCAACUUCAGCCCGCCUUUGUGGACGGUGUCACACAGCUCGUGUCCACCAUCCACGCGCAAAGUGAGCCAAAGAAGGUCCGUGGAGUGUGGAUGAACAGUAGACAUCUGGUGGAAAUCGCCCGUAAUUGUGUGCUGGCCUUUCGCCAAGAUAAGAUCCCAUCUGUGGAGAAUGCUGUGGUAGCUGUUCGCCAGGCGGAGUGCCUGAAGGCAGUAGAGAUGGCGCUGCAGUUCUACAAAAUAGCAAUGCAAGACACUGUAGAAGAGCUGCCGCUUCAAGAGGAUGAGCUUAAAAGAAGGCACAGGCACAAUUUUGAUAACUGUGCCGAGAGAACCUUUGCCGAGUACGCCAUAUUUGAUGACGAUGGAGACUUCUACAAUCGAAUGAAGGCAGACAUCGAAAAGGAGUACACCAUGAUCUGUAAAAACAACGAAUCAGAGGCCCUUCGAUUGUGCAGAGAAAUGCUGGAUGUUCUGUUUACCAGCAUCGUGCAGAAAAAGAUCGACGAAGAUGAGUACUCCUAUUCCGACGGCCAUUUUGAAUACAUCCAAGACUUACAGAAGGUCUUUGUCCUCUACGAUGAGUAUCCUAAGAAGGGCCCCGCCCACUGCGCCCGGCAGGUGAGGGAAGACUUCGAGAACGAGAAGCAGACCCAGACCCAGCUGAUUCAUCAGACUGCGGGGGCCGUAGCCAAGAAAGAGGAGGAGAUAGAGACCCAUCGCGUCCUUAUCGAGCUGGAGAAACAGCAGAACGCAGAGGCACAGCAGGCCUUGGAGGAAAGACUGGAUAGACUACAAAUUGACCACGAGGAAAAUCUGAGACGACUGGAACAAGAGAGGGGGGAAAUGAGGGAGCAGUAUGAAGAAAGAAUACGGAGAGUGAACAGCGAGAAGCAACAUGAGAUACAAAUCAGGGACGCAGAAGCGCAGAGAAUUAGCAGAGAAUUGGAACACCGCAUGCGACUGACCCAGGAGCAAUUGGAUGCCCAACAAAGGAGAGCAGACCAAAGUGCCGACCAGAUAAGGCUUCUAAUGCAGCAGAAUAGAAACCUUGAAGAAGGGCUUCGACACGCUAACAGCAGAAGUAGGGGAGGAGGUGGUGGUUGUGCUAUUAUGUGACCAGUUCCUGAAAAUUUGGCGAGCUUCAAAUGUGGACAUUUCCUGUCAAUGAAGGCUUUGAAUAGCUGGACAUUGCAUUACAUAAGCAAAGACAUUGCCGAGACUGACAUUUUGAAACAUUACUGUUUUGGAUAUAUAUAUAUUUAAACGGAAAGAAAUACUUGGUCAGGCUGAAUGAUGUAUAUAAUAGGCUUCAUACAUGUAUGUUGGCUUCUUUGCUGAUGGCAUGAUUUCAGUUGUUGAAAUCCACUCCUUGUACCUGUUACAGUGAAAAAAAUUCAUUUUUAUUUACUGUGUAUACAAAAUAACUCUUAAAAUAUUAGCAAUGCCAAAAAGGCAUGAUCUAAUUUUAAAAAUGCUUUGUACAUAGCCUACCUUAGGAAGUUUAUUUGUCCACAGAGUUAAAUUUUCAUGAAGUCUACAUGAAAACAAAUAGAAGAAGAAUGAGAAAGUGUAGAAGAAGAAUUGAUUAAUGGAGGGUGGUGGAUACAACUCUAUCUUCACAAUAAUAGAUCAAUAUAUGAUGAAAUACAUUAUGUUAUACAGCAGAACCCUAUUUAUAAAUUAAAGUAAAUGUA